GUUAGAAGGCUUGAUUCCUCUUCAAGGAGAUCCCCAUGAGCAUCAUCAAAGUGCCAGAGUUCCAGGGGGUAUCGUCCUCUACCUACAAAGGCAUGGGUUCCCCAUUUUUCGAUUCCACGCAGACAAGGGCGAGUUUUACAACCAUCGACUACGUGGAUGGCUACGUGAUCAAGGGAUUUAUGGAACGUGGUCCGAGCCGGGUGUUCCACAGAGCAAUGGACAUGCCGAGUCAACAGUCAAGUGGGUGAAGGACUCUAUUCGCACCUACCUUAAGAGCGCGUCCCUACCAACCAAGCUGUGGCCCACGGCGGCGGAAGCCGCAUGUGCAAUGCAGCGCUCACGAGUCCUGGGCUGGAAGAGCUACUUAGCAGCACCCUAUGGCUCAGUUGUUCAUCUGCGAAGAAAGCCAUUCGAUAAGUAUGGGCCGCUAAAGCGGGAGCAGACCUUGGAGUCGAAAUGGCAUAGCGGACGUUAUGUUGGUCUUAGUACGAUACUUCAAAGGGGCCAUCUGGUCUACAUCCCGGAGGAGGGUGAAGAGAAGGAGAAGUUCUUCCACACGCUACAUGUCCGACCUAACUUGGUGGAUCCUGGGAGACCCGACGUUGAGCUGCAAGCAGACGAAGUGCCAAGGCCCAGACGUCGGGUGGUGGGAAAGAAGGAUGCAGCGGAGGUGGAAAUGAAAGCCUUGAAGAAGGUCCCGGAGGAGAUGCGUGAAAUGGCCACAACCGAUGCCGAGCUUCUACUUCGUGACUGGGAUUAUGACCAGGCGUGUGCUUUGGUGAGGCGGUUGGCUGGGAACAAGUUCUUCGAUGACAAGAAGUUUGGAGUAUAUCGCCAUGGAGGAGCAGUGGGAUGGCUAACCGGGAUUCUGGAAUACCCGGCAUUGACAAAGUUACUGACAAGGAUCAUUGUUGAGGUGGUUCCAGAUGCUUCCUUUACCUCAGUAUUGGUGUCGUGCAAUACUCCAAGGGGAAUCCACAAGGAUAUCAACAAUGAUUACAACACGAAGAACUAUGUAAUUCCACUAUGUGUUCCAAGUCGUGGCGGUGAUCUGUGGGUAGAGCUUUGUGAGGGAGAUGUUGUCCAAGGCCAGAUAGAGCAGCGGUGCGCGAGUGGUAAGCACCUGUAUGGACAACGUCGUUCUCUAUGUCAUGGAGACGGUCUAGAGUUCUGUCCAAGACGCUACCAUGAAGUUAUGAAAUGGGAAGGAGAUCGUGUAGUCAUGAUUGCAUAUACGCCAGACUGCCUGGGGAAGUUGUCCCAGGAUGACAUAAAUGCCCUACAUGAAUAUCACUUUCCAGUACCUCUUUCUCAGCUUCCCGAGUUCUAUGGCGACCUGAAGACAGCGCGACCACAUCCUAUGAUUAACUCGGUGCAGGAUGACCGUAUGGAUGAUCAAGCUGCUCUACUACAUGACGGAGAAGGAUGGACGAUGUAUCUGGACUUAGAUCCUGGAAUGGUCAAGAUAGCAGAUGACCUAGAGCCAGCUGUGGUUCCAAAACUUCAGAAGGCAGAAGUGGGUUACACCAGGAACAUUGAGCAGGUUUUGGAGAAGCUCACUAGCCCGCUAGAAGUGGUUCACAACGUGAGUCCGGAUGAAGUAAUGUCCAAUUUGGAAGCGUGGAGGGCGGCAAUCGUCAAAGAGGUGAAGGGCAUCGAGGUAGCAAUUGAGCGACUUCUACCAGGGUCCGAUGCAAGGAAGCAAUGGGUGAAUACACCUGGUGUUCAGAGACUUCCGAUGAAGUUUGUCUUUACAGUGAAGCCGCAUGAUGGAGCAGUACAGGACGACAGGGCCACACGGUACAAAAGGAAGGCUCGUCUUGUGAUUUGUGGAAACAUGGCUAGGGCAGAAGAUACGUCCUUAUAUGCAGAAACAGCUCCAGCAGAAGCAGUACGGACAGCCCUCACAAUCGCCAGUCGUAAUCAUUGGCUCGUUGCUAUACUUGAUGUGGUGGCGGCGUUCUUGAAGACGCCACUGGGGCGUCAGUCCUCGGAUCCAGUUGUGAUUGCGCAGCCGCCCAGGCUCCUAGAAACGCUGGGGCUUGUGGAACGGUUUGAAUUAUGGGCCUUAGUGAGGGCUCUCUACGGACUUAGAGAGGCACCGAGGCUGUGGACUAACUAUCGAGAUGCCACAAUGCAGACUAUGCCAGCACCGCGAGGUUUGAAAUGGAAGCAAGGUCGUGCUAUCACUUCUUGGUGGACGCUGCGAGAUCGAGAUGGUGCAGUACAAGCCAUAGUGGUGGUGUAUGUGGACGAUUUCCUUUUAUGUGGACCUCGUGAGCUGGUGUUAGAACUUACGGCUAUCAUACAGGACGUUUGGGACACAUCUGAGCUAACAGUGCUCGGGCCUACAACAGCGGUGCGUUUUCUUGGGAUGGAGCUCCAUCGUGAAACAGAGACAAUGGAUGAAAUUACAAUCCAUCAACAAGGAUUUAUUCAGGAGCUGGUGAGGACGCAUGGCAUUAAGAGCAGCAGUGUGAGUCGCGUGCCAAUCACCAAAGACCUGGCAACAAUUCUGGACCAAGAGGAGGACAUCAAGGAAGCAGCGAUUAAGGACGCACAACAACUUACAGGUGAAGUGUUGUGGGUGGCGCAGCGUACAAGGCCAGACCUGGCUUAUACAACAUCAAUGAUGGCGAGUAUGUGUACCCGAGUCCCGUCCCAAGCAAUACAAACUGGGAUUAAGGCGAUUGGCUAUCUCCUCAAGACCAUCCACUAUGGCCUGAAGGUGCGUUGGUUAGACACAGGGCUUGUGAUGUACUGUGAUGCGGCCUAUGCACCACAGGGUGGAAGAUCGCAUGGAGGAUGGGUCGUAACGUAUGGGGGAGUUCCAAUCGUUUGGAGAAGUGGGAGACAGCAGAUGAUCACGUUGUCGACAGCAGAAGCUGAGUUGCUUUCCAUGAUAGAUGGCGCUAUCGCCAUGAAGGGGGUGGAAGCUCUCUUACUGGACAUCGGCGAGGUGGUGGAAGGUAAAGAAAUUGCCUCAGACAGCAUGGCAGCUCUGAGUAUAUCCUCGGGAUCCAGCUCGUGGAGAACGCGACACCUAAGGAUAAAGGCAGGAUGGCUACAAGAACAAAUCAGCCACGGGCUGAUGACAGCGCGACACUGUCCGGGAGAAGUACAACCAGCAGAUCUCCUCACUAAGGCUCUCAGCUACGCUCGGAUGACAUCACUGUUGUCUUUGUGGGGAGUUGGAGGUGAUGAUCGAGGUCCUGCUCCUGCAGUUGCCGUGACUAAUGGUAUUUCUAAGAUGACAGUCGCUUUGGUGUGCUGCUUGUUGAUUGUGUCCGCGCAAGCUACAGAGGAGGCUAGCUCGUCAACUACGCGAGGAUCGGGGAUUCAAGUUGAUGGUGACCUGGUCGGAAUGCUGAUGCUGGUUCUUAUGGGACUGGGAGCUUUACUGGUCUGGGAAGCGCUAAAGUGGCUUGGUGACGAAAUCUACCACGAGUACACGCCCGGUGCAAGUCAGAGAAAGCUGAAGAAGCUACGAAAGUUGCAAGCGGCUACGACAGAGGCCAUUGAGAGAGAGCUUGAGAGGAUCAGUGCACAGAGCGAGGAGGCAGCAGCUCAAGGCGAGCAGCCGACGUCGACCACGAGAGCAACGUCUUCCUCUACACCGUCAGCGACAUUGCGUCUACGGGCUACCUCGCGACCAGAGGAUAGGGAGUCAAGACGUGUCGGUGAGCCGGCCAGCAGUGAUGGGGACCAGCUUUUCCAGAGCACGCCGUGGACUGCGGAGCCUACGUUAACGCCGACACCUACUCCUACACCUACAAGGGAAAUUCCGCGGACUCCAAGCCCGAGGAUGAUCAAGUUCAUCGUCUUGGUGGUCGUCUUGCUGAACUAG